AUGGACCUGGGUAAAGCAAAGCUGCCAAGGACAGGCCUGAAUGUUCUUCUCCAAGCUGUCCACCCCUUGCAUGGCAUAGCCUGGACAGAUGGCAGGCAGGUAUACCUUACAUCCAUACUCAGCACCAAAGGUGAGGUAGUGUUUGGGCACAGUAAUGUGGUUGGCCACUUCGAGCAUGUACAAGGGCUUUACUGGGGUCCUGUAUGCUGUUCGUGUGCCCCAGCCCUCCUAGCAGUGCAGCAAAAGAAGCAUGUGUCCAUAUGGGAGCUACGCCUUAGCUCCUUACAGCAGAACCAAUUGCUGUGCUCCCAGAUGUGUGAAGCCAGUGAACCUCUCCCCCUGCUGCCUCAGGGCUGUAUCUGGCACCCUCGAAUGGACCUAUUAGCCGUAAUGACCAAGAGAGAUGCCUCUGUGCUGUUUUCUGUGCGGGUGGACAACAGGAGAGUGCGAGCCAAGGUCACAGCUGAUGGUGUCAUCCACUGCGGCUGCUGGACAAAGGAUGGUACGCGUUUGGUGUUAGCCAUUGGAGAGGAGCUCCAUUCCUUCAUCUGGAAUGAUGUCCGUAAAGAGUUGGUCGUCUGUUCCUUCUGCCCCGUCUUUGAAGUGGGGAGUCCUAUCUGUGCAGUUGCACAUACUGAGAAUUGUCAAAUAGCUGUGACAACAGGAUUUACACUGGAACAUGUCGGCAAUGCUGUACAUUCUCUUGAUGUUCUCUCCAGCAGGAAUGGUCAGAAAUUUCAGUCCUCAGCCAAUGCCUUAGAGGAUUGUUUACUUUUGAAAUCCAGGAGGAAAUCCAUUGAUUCAGAGGGGUCUCUAGCUAUAGAAUACAUUUCUUCAUCUGGACCAAUGGAUCUCACAAACAUUCUGGCAAAACACAGAAAUUCAGACCCUAGCCCUCUUAUUCACUCAAGCCAGAGAGACAGCUCAAAGGACUUGUUUCACUUGAAAUUGGUGACAUUCAGUCAGAAAGUCACCACAACCAAGAAGGUCAAUAUCCAUGGGAUUUUGGUGCCAGAUAUACUGGCAUUCGACUCUCACAGCUGUUCCAUUGCAGUGGCUUCUAAUAUCUGCCAAACAGUGCUAGUCUAUGGUGUUACCAGCUCUUCUCUGGUCACUAUUCAACAACUACAAAUGGAGGAAACUGAGAGACUCAAAGGCCUGUGUUUCUUGGCUGACAGAUUACUACUUACAAUUGCAAAGAAGUCAAAUGAACCAGUUUUCCUCAGAUCCUCAAAUAUGGACAAGUACCACAUCCGGCUUGAGACAAGGAAACUGAACUACACUGAUACAAAAAGUGCAUCGACCAUUUUAGAAGAAAACACAUCGUGUCCAGAGAAUAAGACUCGUGCCAAGCUAUCAGAAUGUAAAAAAUUAAUCAGUUUUGUUGGCCGUGAAAGCCAUUUUCAGCAGGAUAGCAAACUACUUACAGAAGAGCUAACACAGAGGAGCUGUAUAAGAGAUGGCAACCUGGAGCCUGACCUCAUGUCUCUGGAUGUUAGUGAAAAGAUUGUUGGGACUGCAAAUAAAGCAAGUUCACCAAGGCUAAAUCUUGAAGUGAAGGAGAUAUCCGAAUCCCUGGCAGAGACUUUGGACAGACUUUUCACUAGGUUUACCCAGCUGCAGCGCUGUCUGACAGAAACAAUGGAUUCCAAAAAUUAUGCAAAUAAAAUAUUUUACCCACCUCUCCCUGAAGCACCAUUUGUCAAUGUAACCUACCAGAAUGAACUUGCUGAAAAUGUGUUUGUGGAUGAAAAGAAGGCAGUUCUGCUCUGCGAGGGUAAACUGUGUCUGCGAGCUGUUCAAGAACUUUUCAGUCUCACAGUGGUGGAAAUGAGACAUGGUUCUCUAUGGGUUGUUCUCGCUGAAGAUUCAGAUGGAUUUGUUCCACUGAAUUUCAGUCCCAAAUCCAAUCUCACAAUCAGGAAUGGCAAGCACAGUCUGACUGGAGAGAGAUCGGGUUGCAUCAUAAAUUCCAGUGAUGAAGAUGAAGACACACUGACAGGAUCUCUGAAGAUGGCAUAA